AUGCUUCAACAGAAGAUCAUGCGUUAUUGUCACGGAAUGCCAUCAAAUUGGGAACUUCCCAUUGAAUCUAAGUUUAUGGACAGCAUGAAAAUGAAAGCACUGAUUUCAGGAGCACCUGUGCCCAAUCCAGAUUUUCCCGUUUAUAUCGCCGUCGAUACAGAUGUGAUAAAUCGAAAUUCAACACGAAUUGAUCUUGUUGAAACGUUUCAUGCGCUCACAUCAGCUAAAGCUGUUAAGCCAGGCGAUAUAUUAACCGGAUUCACACACAAGAACAAGACGACUCCUGCACGGGCAAAAGCACCAUCGCCACGCGUUCAUGAAUUUGUGCCCAGUGAAAAGCUUCACGGAAUGGUUCCUGGUAGCAAUGAGCAGCUGAUCAAAUCUUCUUUCACUGGUGAAGAAGCGAAGGGCGGCUGGCAGGAAUGGGGUGCAUGGUCGCAUUGCUAUCGAGAUGAGCGAGUUCGAGUACGAUCUUGCCGCCAUACGCCAGGCAACGACUGCAGUGGCGCUGGUCACGUCGAGCGGCAACUAUGUCUGAAGCCGAACCAAACGCACACUGCACUCGCACGUGAUCCGUGGGCUAUCGAACGUGAAAUCCGACAUGACAACGUAGAUUCCGAUGAUUACGUGAAAUCCGACAUCCUAUCAUAG